AUGAGUCUGACAAACCCACCCUCUUCCUCCGGCUCUCUCUCACGGACCAGAGUCGGCAACUUGAAACGGGGUCUCCAGGCUACUAUCGACGGUAAUUAUAUACCUUUCUCUGUCCAGCUUUAUUUUCAUUCUCGCCACCCAUUCGAGUCUCAGCUGCCAUCUGCUCGAAGUAUGGAUGCUGACCAAGUUCUUUUCACAGAUUCGGUUGAAUCACGGAGACCUGGUGGAUAUACCAGCAAGGUCCGGGUGCGAGAUCGGUAUCAUAUAGUAGGCUUCAUCAGCAGUGGUACAUAUGGCCGAGUGUACAAGGCCAUUGGCAAAAAUGGCAAGAAAGGGGAGUUCGCCAUCAAGAAAUUUAAGCCCGACAAGGAAGGCGAAACGAUCCAGUACACGGGUUUGUCGCAGUCAGCUAUCCGAGAAAUGGCAUUAUGCACUGAACUAUCACAUGCCAAUGUCAUCCAACUAGAGGAAAUCAUUCUCGAGGACAAAUGCAUAUUCAUGGUUUUUGAAUAUACAGAGCAUGAUUUACUCCAGAUCAUUCAUCACCACACCCAGCCUCAGCGACAUGCCAUCCCGGCACCUAUGGUCCGAUCUAUCCUGUUCCAGUUGUUGAACGGACUACUUUAUCUUCAUACCAACUGGGUCUUGCAUCGUGAUUUAAAACCAGCCAAUAUCCUCGUCACUUCCAGCGGUGCUAUCCGUAUCGGCGACUUGGGACUCGCACGAUUGUUUUACAAGCCACUUAACUCCCUGUUUUCGGGCGACAAGGUCGUCGUCACAAUCUGGUACCGUGCACCGGAGCUACUCAUGGGAAGUCGCCAUUAUACGCCUGCUGUUGAUAUGUGGGCGGUAGGGUGCAUCUUCGCCGAACUGCUCUCGUUACGACCAAUCUUCAAAGGCGAAGAAGCUAAAAUGGACAGCAAGAAAACAGUUCCCUUCCAACGCAACCAAAUGUCGAAGAUUGUCGAAAUCCUCGGUCUUCCUCGCAAAGAAUCCUGGGCGGGUCUGACCUCCAUGCCUGAAUAUUCCCAGCUCCAGUCCCUGGUGCUCCACCGCCAGCCUUCGCAUUACCACCGCGGCUCUAAUCUCGAGGGCUGGUACCAGAGCUGUCUGAAAAAUGGCGGGUACACCUCCACCUCUAGUGCUGGCACUCCUGGUGCAGACGGAUUUGAUCUACUAUCACGUAUGCUCGAAUACGAUCCGACCAGCCGGAUCACCGCCGAGCAAGCCCUUGAACACCCCUACUUUACCAACGGCGGUCCUAUCAGUGGUAACUGCUUUGAGGGUAUCGAGGGCAAAUACCCACACCGUCGGGUCACCCAAGAUGACAAUGAUAUCCGCACUGGUAGUCUCCCUGGCACCAAACGGAGUGGAUUGCCAGACGACUCGUUGAUGAGGGCUUCGAAGCGUCUGAAGGAGUAA